UCACACUCAAGCUUCUAUUCUUCUACUGUACGUACAAUAUAUUUACCCACCCAGACAGAUAUGCACAAACAUAUAUACAUACUAAAGUGUUCUGCACACACACUGUAAAGUGUGUAGUAAGCUGUCUUUCGGAUAAAACAAUGAUUAUUGUACAUCAUCAUUUUCACUUCUGCUAAGGAUUCUUGUUUCUUGGCUUACUCUACCUCUUAAUUUGGUGGUUUAUUAAUUAAGGUUUCUUAGCUUCCAUUGAUUUCAAUUCAUCAAAACCACCAAGAAAUUUUAAUUUCCCAUUUUCUUGAAUUGAUGGGUAAUUGCUUCAAGAAGCCGAGGGAUUCGACGGCAGAGAUCGCGCCGGGCGACGUGAUCAGUCACCGAUCGCCGGUCGAGAACCGGCCGGCCGGCGACGUGAUGAAGAAGGACCAACCGGCGGUCAAACUCUACGGGACACCGUUCGGCAUUGAUACCUACUACCUGCGAUUCGCGCUUCAGUACAAGCCCGUGGCUCUCAAGUUCGUGGCGUCCGACAGCCACGACACGGCGGCGAUUGAAUACGAGUCCGACGUGGUUUCCGGCUCCGUCGAGAGCCUGGUGCGUUACUUGGACGACAAGUUUCCGGAGCCGCAGCUGGUGAUGACUGGCGGCGGGGCGCGGUUCGGCGAAACGUCGACGACGCCGCUAGUGGUGUGGGUGGUGGUGCUGCAGCACCGGAGCAUGGUUUGGCACCUGGAGAGGAUGGUGAGGUGGGCGGAGGACCUGGCGGCGCGUCGAGGGAAGGCGAGGGGCGAUCCGGCGAUGGGUAGUCCCAGAAUGGAGUUGAAGAAAUUUGGAAGGAGCUACUCUCAGUUGCUGGAGCUGUUAUUCGAGCAUGCUCAAAUGGAAGAGAAAGUUGUCUUCCCAAUCUUGGAAAAAGCCGAUCGAGGAUUGUGCAGAGCUGCAAAUGAGAAGCAUGCAAGAGAUCUGCCUGUAAUGAAUGGCAUCAAAGAAGACAUUAAAUCCAUAGGAGUUUUGGAUUCAGGGAAACCUGUCUACCAAGAAGCCCUCUCCAAUCUCAAAACUCGCCUCAAAACCUUAAAGGAGCAUUCAAAGCAACACUUUGAAGAGGAAGAAAGGGAGUUACUGCCACUAAUGGAAGCAACAGAUCUGAGCAAACUGCAGCAAGUGAAGGCCUUGGAACAGUGCCUGGACACAAUGCAGGGAACUCACUCCCAUCUCUUCAGCUUCUUCAUGGAAGGCCUUCUCCCUCGCGACGCCAUGCACUAUAUGGACAUCAUUGCCCGGUGCAGCGACAACGAGAGAGUGUGCAGGCUCUUCCGCUUGCUCGUCGAGAAAGAGAACAGCUUAGGGUUGGCAAUCAGCAAUACAUUAAAAUAGUUGGCAGAGGAUGUUUUGUUUUUUGUCUUUGCUUUUAGAUGAAGUAAGUGAAUAUGAUGAUAUGAUGGUUGCUUUACUUUACUCUAGCUAGGACCAUCAGUUUAUGAUAUGUAUAUUUUUAUGACUUCUUUUGGUUGGUGAUGAUUGAUAGACAGAUAGAUACAGAUCCGAGAACAAUAAGUUGAUCUGUAAAUGGAUAGGCUAGGAUAUAUAUAUAUGUUCUUGAUUAUAUACAUUUUUUGUGAUUUGAUUUAUUCAUGUAAACAAUAUUGAUGUUUAAAGCAAGCUAAGGUGGAAUGUCAUAU